GCAAACUGAGGUUUAUCAAGAUGAAUUGUGAAAUCAUCGUCAGUUUUACAGAUAAUUGAAUCGACGCUCUUCGCUGGGCAGUGGUUAUUCAACCAAUGUUUACAUAUAUUGACUAUAUAUACGUAUGAAAACCACAGUGUUUGAAAGUCAUCUUUAAAAAGCUAUUAAUGGCAUAGAGGAUGUUGACGUGGUUAAUAGUGUAAUUAAUUGUAUAAGAGGGAUAUAGACAUAUCGACUGGAUGAUUUCACCGACGAAGGAAAAGGGGUCGACAUUCGGGAGCAAGCAGCUUCACAAGAUACAAAGCAUGCUUCACCACCGACCCCGUGCGGGGUCCUGGGGCAGCAAAGAAAAAACGGACAAACAUCUACAAAACAACCAUGGCAAUGGGGGUGAAAUACAAUGGUGCUUCUCUCAAGUGAAGGGGACAAUUGAAGAGGAUAUCACAGAAGCUGAUAUCAUCUCGUGUGUGGAGUUCAACCACAAUGGCGAGCUUCUAGCAACUGGGGACAAAGGUGGCCGUGUCGUUAUAUUCCAGCGUGAUGGCAAGGUAGAGGAUCAGCCCCAUUCGCCUGGCAACAAGUCAUUCCACACUCACGGGGAGUACAACGUGUACAGCACCUUCCAAUCUCACGAGCCAGAGUUUGACUACCUCAAGAGCUUGGAGAUUGAGGAAAAGAUAAACAAGAUACGCUGGCUCCAGCGCAGUAAUCCAGCCAACUUCCUACUCUCCACCAACGAUAAAACCAUCAAACUGUGGAAGGUGACAGAACGCGACAAGAGAGCAGAGGGCUACAACCUAAAGGAUGAUUCUGGAAUCCUGCGAGACCCUACCUCAAUCACGUCUCUGAGAAUCCCUCUGCUGAAACCCAUGGAACUGCUAGUGGAGGCCAGUCCGAGGCGGAUAUUCGCCAAUGCUCACACUUAUCACAUCAACUCCAUUUCCGUGAACAGCGAUCAGGAGACAUAUCUGUCUGCAGAUGACCUCCGUAUAAAUCUGUGGCAUUUGGAAGUCACAAAUCAAAGUUUCAAUAUUGUUGAUAUUAAGCCUGCCAAUAUGGAGGAGCUGACAGAAGUGAUCACUGCUGCAGAGUUCCAUCCAACAGAGUGUAACCUGUUUGUGUACAGUAGCAGUAAGGGCACUAUACGUCUCUGUGAUAUGAGAGAACGGGCACUGUGUGACAAACAUGCCAAACUGUUUGAAGAGCCUGAGGACCCGACGAAUAGAAGUUUCUUCUCCGAGAUCAUAUCUAGUAUAUCAGAUGUUAAAUUCAGUCAUAAUGGCCGCUAUAUGGUCACUAGGGACUAUCUGUCUGUGAAAGUUUGGGACCUUCAAAUGGACUCGAAGCCAAUUGAAACUUUCCAAGUUCACGAAUAUCUACGCAGCAAGUUGUGUUCUCUAUAUGAGAAUGAUUGUAUAUUCGACAAGUUUGAAUGUGCUUGGAGUGGGAAUGACAGACACAUCAUGACCGGCUCCUACAAUAACUUCUUCCGAAUGUUCGACCGAGAAUCAAAGAAAGACGUAACAUUAGAGGCCAGUCGUGAAAAUGUGAAACCAAAGACAGUACUAAAACCUCGAAAAGUUUGCAGUGGCGGAAAACGUAAAAAGGAAGAAAUAAGCGUUGACUGCCUGGACUUUAAUAGAAAAAUUCUUCACUCUGCCUGGCAUCCACAGGAAAAUAUUCUAGCAGUAGCGGCAACAAAUAAUUUGUAUUUGUUUGCCUCGAAGGACUAAUGUUGAUAACAAAGCUAGUUUUGGAAUUCCCAUUGCUAUCGGACCAUAAUUCAUUGUGUAUAUUUCGUUCCGUUGGCCAGUGGCCAAGUGAGAUGAUUGUGUUCAGUGAUGGAUAUUGGUGCAGAAAUGGUCAGACUGUCUGACCCAACAUAUGGUAUUAUUCUAGGUGUCCAUCUUUGUUGUUACAUAUGGUACAGAAGAAAGACACGGAAUUGUUGAUUAGCUGUUCAAGUGUUGAUAUUUUUUUGUGAAACGCUACUUUACAUCUGAAAUAUUUACUUGUGAUGGACUGGUAAUUACUAUGAUGCAUUACCAAGUGAGUUUGAAUUUGAAUUAUAAAAGAUUCAAAUGCCAUCAAAAUGUUUUGUUUAUGCUUUUAAUAUAAAAUUUAUAUGGAGUACUUAGUAAUUUAUGUUUUGGAAACAAAGUCAGAAUCAUGAGUUACAAAAAUGUCUGCAUUUUGUUAAAUACUGUUUAUUUACUGAUGAAUUGUGCAUGAAGUGAUAAGAAAUGUGAUUUGGUAAAGAAUUAACUUAAAAUGUAUAAGUAAAAUACAGAGCAUAGUGUAUAGUAAUUUUUGUGUUGUGAUUGACACUUUCACUGAUGUAAAUGGAGAUAUUCGCAUAAACAUGUUUGUCAAGUUGAUGGCAUUGAGUAGGAAUUCAGGUUCUUUCAUUAAAGAGCAUUAUUUGUAAGGCAUUUAGUCAUUCACACAUGGUAUUUAUAAGAUUUACUUUUUUGUAAUCACUAAUUUUGGAACAAACCUCAGCUUUAUAUAAAUGACUUGAGUGAUCCCCUGUCUUGACUGAUAAUGAAGUGCUUCGUAAUUUUUGUAUCCAUUUGUUUAAUUAUUGUUGUGCUACCUGAGAUCGGCCAUUUCAUAGUUGACAUGUCCAAUGGAUUUGUGACCCAAGUGCUGUUUUGCGAUGUUAGAAUUUUCAGGAAUUAAUAAGCAAUAGCCUUAGCCUUCAUCCAAGCCUACUUUCGUCCAUUUUGUUUGGAUACCAUUAUUCAUUUAUUGAAGUAAAUUUAGAAUAUUCCUCAAUUCCCCCAUCUAAGUAUUCCCCUUAAAUAUUCCCCCAUGAAACGACUUGGGGGCCACAUUCGUUCUAUAUGUGCAUUCUGUGACUAAUUUGUACAUUUAAGGGCUAGUACAUUUAGCGUUGUGCACAAGGUUUUGAAAUUCUAUUAACUUUUAAAACUGCACCACUAUAAUUGUUCGACAUCAACUGCUAGUCCAUUCAGUCAUUUACUUCAUUCAUUUUUGUUUAUUCUUAAAUACUUUGCCUGUAAUGCAUAAAUGCGUUUUGUGACCUAUCUCUUGUGCAUGUAUGAUUUGCUGAAGUCUUUCAUACCAUUGGAGUCAUGUUCUGAGGAAACUGGGUAUAACGCAUGUGCGUAAAGUGUCCUCUCAGAUUAGCCUGUGCAGUCCGCACAGGCUAAUCAGGGACGACACUUUCCGCUUUAAUGACGUUUUUCUUUAAAAUGAAGUCUCUUCUAAGCAAAAAUCCAGAAAGUGUGAUGGAAAGUGUGGUCCCUGAUUAGCCUGUACGGACUGCACAGGCUGAUCUGGGACGACACUUUACGCACAUGCAUUAUGCCCAGUUUUCUCAGAGCAUGACUCAUAUUUUUUGUGUUAGAAACAUCUGACUCUAGUCGGAUUCUCUGGUAGUUGCAAUUCUAUGAUAAGGGAUUUAACAAUGAUGGCUAUUGACAUGACCUCAUACUUUUGAUUAUCAGAUGAAUUCUCUUUUUAUGCCCCUUUUACAUAUUGCUGUCAAGUGUGUCUUAAGUUAUAAACAUUACAAGAGGGAAUUUAAUUGUUAUGAACUUCAAGAAAUUAGUGACUUAUUUUGUUGCUGUAUGGCUUUUGCAUGCCUGAAAUUAUGUUAAAGAAAGAUACUCGUUUGUACACAUGUAUAUGUGUGUUUGUCUCUUAAAAUAAUUUUCAACUUGUCUCUAAAAAUAAUUAUUCAAUUCAUCUGUGUUCCAUUGUGAUGCAUAUAAUUCCAUGGUUAUCAUUCAUUUUUUAAGAAUGUUUCAUUAUUGUUGUUCAUAUUCAUUAUCAUUUCUCUUGUUUUGCUGAUGAAGAUAACUAAACAUUAAGAAUUACUUUCCACCAUUCCAUUCAUAGGUUACAUAACAACCUUCCAUUGAAGUUGUUAUGGUUGGUCUUUUGGGUUACUAUACUCAUUUUUAGCUCGGCUGUUUUCGGAGAAAACCCAAGGUAUUGUCAUAGCCAACUCGUCAUCUGGCGUCGCGCUAAAACCUUUACAUUGGCUCUAAAAUCAAAGUGCUUCCACCUACAACUUUGAAACUUCAUAUGUAGCUGCACCUUGAUGAGUUCCACACGCCACACCAAUUUUUGGGUCAUUAGGUCAAAGGUCAAGGUCACUGUGACCCCUAAAAAAAAAAUUUCUUCUGACAAGCUUUCAUUUAGUCAAAACUGCACCUGCAGCUGAGUGUUGGUACCCGCUAUGCAGUGCUCUUGUUGAAGCAACGUACAUGGGCUUCCCUUACAGACAUUGUUUCUUGUUGAGAAUGUUAUUUGCAUAUUGUCUCCAUACUUUGUUGUGCUGUGAAACAGAAUUAGCAACAAUAAUUUGUCAAGUUGUGGUAUAAAAGCUUUUCUUUGGAAAAAAAUUAUGUGAAUUAUGUAAUGGUAAUGUAAUGGUCUUUAUCCAUAGAACAUUGUACUGUUUUAGAUAAACUGUAUUAGUUUUAAGGUGUUUUUUGCAACAUUUGGUAUGGAAACAUAUUGGAUUUUUGUUACGAAAAAAUUGACUAUUUAUAAGUAUUCAUAAGUAUACACAAGUACUUAAAGUGUUUAUAAUAAAGGUAUAGUGCUUCUAUGAUAUAGUUUUACAGUCCAUGAUUUGUUUUUAAGGUCUUAGAUUAUGCUUUUGUUAAUAUAUUAAACAAAACAGAAGCAGCCAAUAAAUGCCUAGUAAAGAAAAAGAUUGACAGAAAAAUGUUUAACCGUUUGUAACAGUAGUGGACAAGUAUCUAAAUGUACAUGUAUGCUGGUGUUUUAAGUGUGUGCAUGCAUGUACAGUGUGCAAUAUGAUUAAAGUAGUGCUGUUUAUAUUGACUUGAACUUUAUUAUUAAGGAUUUGCAUACCUGAAUUUGUAGAAUGUUUGUGUACUUUAUCUGAUAUUUCUUGCAUCUAAGGUAAAAUGCAAUUGCUUCUACAAUAUUUAAGUUUAAAAAAACAUGAUACAAGGACCUGCAUAUUUAAAAACACAUUUCCCAAAUGUUUUGAACGUACUGUUUGUUAAUGUCUACAUAUCUGGAAUCAAUUAGUCUUUGAUUUAAUUCUCUAUGGUACAUAAUGGUUUUGAAUUUGUCAAAAAAGCAAACAGCAAUUAUUUCAUUAAGAGUUUUUUCCAAUGUAUCACUCUGUCUAGGCAUCAACUGUUAAUCUGUUCAUCACUGGUGUGAAUGGUGACACGUACAGAAUGAAGAGUGGAUAGAAUGUGCUCCGAGUGUGAAUUUGCUGGUUUCAUUGUUAACUAGAAUCCAAGAACAAAUUUACGUAAGAUCUAUUCCAGCGUAGAUUUAUUAUUUGUUGGCAAUUCUUCAUUUCUGUUGGUGACAAUUGCAUGCGUAGUAUCAAAAAUAUUUGUCAUAAAGUUGAUGUGAUAGAAUCUGAGUGACCAUCAAUUUACUAUGUUUUGUUUGUUGUCCAUUUAUUUCCGAUCUUACACAAUUUAUGUGAUGAGCUCAUACAUGUUAUAAGCAGAAUUCGCAUUGUUGUAGCGAAUGAUCAUUGCCAAUACAUGUAUUUCGAUAUGAUAGUCAGUGUUCUGUACCGUAUUAGAUUAAUAACAUGUUUGUACAUUUUCAAUAUUGUAUGAAAUUACGUAUAUUUUGUUUAACGUUUCAUAAAUAGAUGAUGUCUGUUGAAAAUGCACAUGAUGAAAUAAAAUAUUUAUAACAA